AUGAAUGGCCAGAAGCAGGAGAACAUCAUUGAAGAGAAGGAUGUGGGGUUUAUCCUGAGCUACGGAAGGAACUAUUACGCCGAUGGAAUAGUGGAGAAGGAGGCAGAGAUAAGGAGACUUUUUGAGCAAAUAAGCUUAAAGCUCGGGACAAGGGAGGUGGAGACAGGGCUUGCACCGCCGAUGUGUUGGGACCUUCUGGGAGAUAGAAACAGAAUACAAAGCGAGCCGAACCUGCAGGUGGCCAGGGUCUGCAAGGUGCUUGAUGGAUACCAGGAGCCAAGAUACAUGAUAGGGAUCAAGAUGAUAGCCAAGUUUAUUGUUGGGAAGGGGAAGCGAGUGGACUCCAGCCUCAUACAGGAGGGGAUGAGGGUAGGAGUUGAUAGAAACAAGUACCAGAUUAUCCUCCCACUGCCCCGGAAAAUAGAUGCAUCUGUCACCCUGAUGCAGGUUGAAGAAAGGCCUGAUGUUACAUAUCAUGAUAUCGGAGGAUGCAAAGAGGAGAUUGAAAAGAUAAGGGAGGUUGUUGAAGCGCCUCUUCUGAAUCCUGAGAGGUUUGUUGCACUGGGGAUUGAUCCCCCAAAGGGUGUUCUUUUAUAUGGACCUCCUGGAACCGGGAAGACUUUGCUGGCAAGGGCCGUAGCCAACAGAACGAAUGCAUGCUUCAUAAGGGUCAUUGGGUCUGAGCUUGUGCAGAAGUAUGUCGGGGAGGGCGCAAGGAUGGUCAGGGAGAUUUUUGCGAUGGCCAAGGGAAAGAAGGCCUGCAUUAUUUUCUUUGACGAGGUAGAUGCGUUUGGAGGAACGCGGUUUGACGACGACGAUGACAACGAGGUUCAGAGGACAAUGCUCGAGCUGAUAAACCAGUUGGACGGCUUUGAUCCAAGAGGGAACAUAAAGGUUCUGAUGGCAACGAACAGGCCGGACACCCUUGACCCGGCUCUCCUCAGACCUGGAAGGCUGGACAGGAAGGUCGAGUUUGGCCUCCCAGACCUUGAGGGGAGGACAUCGAUUCUAAGGAUCCACGCAAAAACAAUGAGUGUUGACAAGGACAUCAGGUUUGAUCUGAUUGCAAGGCUCUGCAACAAUGCAACGGGUGCAGAGCUGAGGAGUGUUUGUACAGAAGCAGGGAUGUUUGCCAUAAGAGAAAGAAGGAAGAUUGCGACGGAAAAGGAUUUUUUGAAGGCUGUCGAUAAGGUCGUCAAGGGAUAUGCAAAGUUCUCCUCCACGCCAAGAUACCUGACAUAUAACUAA